CGUCUGUGUGUGUGGGCGGACCGUCACAGAAACACGCACUGUCUGAUCUCUCAGCCGCAUCCACACACACGCCUCAUUCUCAUCCUCAUCAUCAGAUCUGGUGUGAUCUCUGUAGGAUCUCACGUUCUCUAGAAGCGCUGGUUAAUCUACGUUAUACCACGGGGCCAUUGAAUGCUUUAUUCUGAUCGGUUGAGAAAUGUUCCACAGCUGGCGAUGGAUUGCAGACAGUGUGACUGCGGUCAUUAAUAUCUGAUCUGUGAUUGGCUCAUUCUGUUUUUGUGGCUGCUGUCACCAUGGCGAAGAGUCCAGAGGUGAAACUGGCAGUUUUUGGCAGAGCAGGAGUGGGCAAAUCCGCUCUGGUGGUGAGAUUCCUGACCAAGCGUUUCAUCUGGGAGUACGACCCAACACUCGAGUCCACGUAUCGCCAUCAGGCAAAUAUUGAUGAUGAGAUGAUUAGUAUGGAGAUUUUGGACACAGCUGGACAGGAGGAUUUGAUACAGAAGGAGGGUCACAUGCGUUGGGCAGAUGGGUUGAUUCUGGUUUAUGACAUCACAGACCGCGGGAGUUUUGAAGAUGUUGUUCCUCUGAAGGGACUUCUGGAUGAGGUAAAGAAACCCAAACACGUCCCGUUGGUUCUGUUAGGAAACAAAGCUGAUCUGGAGCACGCCCGACAGGUCUCGACAGAGGAGGGCGAGCGGCUGGCGGCCGACAUGGCCUGUGCGUUUUAUGAAUGUUCUGCGUGCGUGGAUCAGGUGGGCACAGGUGGAGGAGUGGCGGAGGCUUUUCAUGAGCUGUGUCGUGAGGUCCGGCGCAGACGGGCUGUACAGGGAAAAACACGACGCAGGAGCUCGACAACACACGUCAAACAAGCCAUUAACAAAAUGCUCACGAAGAUCAGCAGUUAAAGAGAGUGAUGAGUCUGAUGACAAAUAAACUAACAAAGGUUUCUUCAGUAUUACACAUGAAGAAAACUGUCAAUGUUGUGCUUUAAGAGCUGUACGUUUGUGUGAUCUAAAUCUAUUUAAAGGUGUCAUAUCACAAAAAAAACUAAAGCCGUACUCAUGAUGAGAGUUUAUGUUCAGUGUUUCUUACCUGCUGAUUUGAAAAAUCUCAAAUUCUACAAACCAAUGACUGAUAUUCAUUUUUAAUAAUAUAUCUGAUCAACACACAUAACAGACCUGAUGGAAUGGAUUUAUGUGAUGUAUUUUCUGUUAUUAUUUGACAUGUGAUGAGGCAAAAACAAACUUUUUAGGAUCCGAUACACACCAAAUGAUAAUCGGGCUGAAUUUGGGCCGAUUUGACCUCUUACAACAAUCCUAGGUAAAGUCUAGAUUGUUUUUGUGGUUGAACCGAUUAUCUUAUCAGAUUUUCCAGCUGCGGUUUUAAAAGCGUGUAAACCUGCUCAGAAGCAGGUAUGAGGCGCUUAGAUCGCAAAUCGGAAAUAUUCAACAUGUCGAAUAUUUACGAUCAGAAAUCCUGUUGUGUGAAGGAACCUUGAGUAUAAACCAUAGAUUGUAAAAAUAGUGUCCAUGAUGUCACCCGUAGGUUUGUGAAGGGCAUUUUUGAAGCCCAAAGAAGGCCGAGCCUGUCGUCGCCAUCUUGGCAGUGCGUCACUCCUGGAUAACCCAAAAUCUAAGGAGACUGGUUACUGAAACCAUGCCCACCUAGCUCCACUGUAGUAACAGCAGUGGAAGUUCACUUGUCACUCAAGUGGCCACGCUCUAAUUAUGCAGAACGUUAAGGCUUAAUAUAAUUUAAAUGGUUGAGUUACAAAAAAAUUCACCCCCUCAUAGUUAUCAAGAAGGGCGAAAUUAGCUACACUCUCAGAAAUAAAGGUACAAAACUGUACCUUUUCUGUCACUGGGGCUGUACCCUAAGUUUCUGUUUGGUACCUUUACAGGAAUGCAAAACAGAAUACAAUUAUGGGUAGAUUACCGUACCUUUAGGACCUACAUUGUUAAAAAGUCAAAAUAUGUAACCUAGCUGUCAGUGGGGCAGCACCCUUUAAGAAGGUAAUUGUAUGGACCAUAAAGUACAGAUAUGUAAACAUUUAGUACCAAUAUGUACCUUUUAGAUACUAAUAUGUAUUUUUGAGGUACUAAUAAGCUCUCUUUGGUCCCAGCAUGUACUUCUAAGGUACUAAAAUUAAAUCCUUAGGUGCAAAGCUGUACUUUUUAAAAGGGUACAGCCCCAGUGACAGAAAAGGUAAAAUUUUGUACCUUUAUUUCUGACAGUGUAUAUAGAUCUUUUGUACCACACAUUUAUUUCUUUUGUAAAGUUGGGCAUUUUAACAUUGGGGUCUAUGUAAAUUGACUCCAUUUUGGAGCCAUACUCUAGUGGCCCGUCGAUGAAUUGCAGUUUAUGUCACUCAGGGAAGGUUGUGCCUUGGGAUAAACGCAAACGCACGCUGUAGAUUGUCACGUGAAACGAAACAAUACCCAAUCAGAAAGCAAGCUGAUAAAAGACGAAACAACCUAACCGCGGUCAUGGUGCAGCAGGCAUAUUCCAAAAUGAGAUGGACAUCAAAGAUGUAAAAAGCAGUCCACAGUAUUAAUGACAUUUCUUUAUCCUUGCCCUUCAUUUUGUUCGUUUGUUUACUGUGAAGUCACUUUGACAAUCAGAGACACUGUGAGAUUUCAGCGAGAUUUCCUGUGAAGGAAGAUGUGAUGUCUGGUGUGAAGCCCUUUAAGAUGUGGAUUGUGUUAUAUUCCGUGAUAUAUUUGUUCAUACAGCUGAACUGAAGGUCAACAGAGAUACCAUCACAGAUCUCAAUCCUUAUGUUGUUUUAUUCGAGAAAUCAUUCAUCUAACACAAUAUUUUCCUCACCUAUAAUCACAGUAUUUAGACAUAAAACACUCACCGGCUCUUCCAUCUGUGUAUGAGGAACAUCUCGCUGUGGAUCUGUAUCUCAUAUGAGUUUUAUUCAUUCAUUGAUCAGAUAAUGUGAGACUAUCAGGGGCCAAAUCCUGACCACAGCCAUAUUCAUAAUGAAUUAGUAUUAGUUGAUUCUGCCUCAUCAUUAAAACUUGUCUAAAUUAUUUCUAAACCGCAGAUCUCAAACAAAUCUUUUUUAAUCAGAUUUUCUACUUUGUCUGAUAUUGAUGAUAAUCUUUACUUUUUUCUUCUCCAGUAAACUGACUUUAAUGCUGUGUACAGUACAGAAAUAUGCACAUCUGUGUAAAUGUAAAUGUCACAAAAGUCAACGGCUGCUGUGACUGGUUGCAUAAACAUAGCUGUGAAGUUAAAACAGUGUCUUAAGAUCGAGUCUGACAAACUGGCAGUUAGUUAGGGGUCAUCAGUCCUACUAUUUUACCACUUUAUGUAACAUACUUUAAACAGUUAUGAUCAGUCUUGAAGAAAAAAAAUAGAUGAGUAACUUUUAAGACUAAAAAGUUUAUGCAACUGGCCCCAGGUGUGCAUUUGUGAACCUUAAUCGUGAUUUCAUCACAGAGUCCAGAAUGAACCCUCAUUAUACACCUAUUAAAUACAGACUUCAUUAUAUACAUACCCUGUACAACCUGUGAUGAUAUCUGUGAUUUAAGAGAUUUAAUUCAGAAGAUAUACAAACCAUGAACCAAAAACAUCUGUCUCAUUUCAUAACAACCUUUAACUCAGUGGAAAAUUUCCCAUUUACUUUAUCAUCAAGUUUAUCUUGGAUGAUCGUUUGUUUUACUGCAGAACUCUACAGUACGUAACAAAAAGAUGUAGAAUAUUCUUCGCAAUACGCUAGAAUAAAUCAUACACACACACACACACACACACACACAUGUUGGUGUAUGUGGUUUACGGGGACAUCUCCAUAGACGCAAUGCAUUUUAUACUGUCCAAACUGUUAUAUUCUAUUCCCCUUACCUACCCCAAUCCCUAACCCCAAUGUCACAAAAACUUGUUGCCAGUCUUUAAUCUAUGAAAAACUACCAUUUAGUAUGUUUUUUUAGCUUUUCCGUUUAUGAGGACACUCUCUGUGUCCCCGUAAACCACCUUUAUAGCAUAAUAAACAUGUCAUUAUACACUAUUCAUGUCCUCGUAAACCACAUAGACCAACCCACACACGCACACACACACACACACACACACACACACACACACACACACACACACACACAGAGCGAGAGAGAGUCUUGAUGUACAUUCACAAUGCAGUAUUUCUGCAGAGUUAAUAAAAGAAAAUUUAAAUCUCAAACAUGCACUUUAUUGUUGACAUUCUUUGAGUUUGUGUUAUCAUUACAGUGUUAUGUGAAUAGAUGAAUUACAUCUGUAUUACACAGUUAAAAAAUAAUGUGAAUACUUACAGAAGAACCAAAAACUUCAG